AGCCGGAUUGGUUCUUUUACUUUCGGGAGCCCACCUUCGCGGCUUCCGUCUCCGGCAGUAGCUGUGACGACCCAUCGUAAAGCAAUGGCGGCAGGUGGGAGCGAUCCUCGGGCUGGUGACGUCGAAGAAGACGCUUCGCAGCUCAUCUUUCCCAAAGAGUUUGAAACAGCUGAGACUCUCCUAAACUCUGAAGUUCACAUGCUUCUGGAGCAUAGAAAGCAGCAGAAUGAGAGUGCAGAGGACGAGCAGGAGCUCUCAGAGGUCUUCAUGAAAACCCUCAACUAUACAGCCCGUUUCAGCCGGUUCAAAAACAGAGAGACCAUUGCCAGUGUUCGUAGCUUGCUUCUCCAGAAAAAGCUACAUAAGUUUGAGUUGGCCUGUCUAGCCAACCUUUGCCCGGAGACUGCUGAGGAGUCCAAAGCUCUGAUUCCAAGCCUGGAAGGGCGUUUUGAAGAUGAGGAACUGCAGCAGAUUCUUGAUGAUAUCCAGACAAAGCGCAGCUUCCAGUACUGAUGGCCAGACAGUGCCACAGUCCGAACCCUGGGUGGGCCUCAUGCAGGAGUGUUGCCUCAGAAGACACUGGCACUUCUGCUGUAGUUUUUGCUUUACUGAGAGAGAAUGCCUCUCUAGUUCUCAGAGUCGUAACAGUCCUCCUGCCUCAGCCUCCCAAGUGCUGGGGCUGCAGGUGUGAGCCAACACUUACCGCUUGGCUGUUGGGAGAGGAAAGAAAGGCUGGCUCUGGAUGCUCUAGGUGCUAUCUUCACAGUGACCAUUAGACCAUGAUUACCGACUGUUCUCCUUGCAGCCUUGUAAGGGCUGCUAUGGUCAAGUGUGCUGCAGUCCUGAACUGGUGAGGUAGACUGAUGUUAAAACAUUCGUUGACUAUCUCAUACCGUGGAUUUUUUUGGACCCCAUGUUUUUUUUGUUGUUGUUAUUCUUGAUAUUUCAAUUCUUAAUGUCAAUAUAUUUUGUAGUUUUUGAAGCUAAAAUGAUAUAUAAAAAAACUUGUAUGGGGGAGGAAUUUUUUACUUGGUUAUAAAGAGGAGAGAUAAACCAGAA